AAUUCGAAAAGAAUAGACAUCUUCGUAAUUUUUGAUUGCAGGGUUGUUAUUUCAUUAUCCUUUAGGAGAAAAAUAUUUAAACAAAAUUUGGAGAAAACCGAUUCGAUAUCGCGUUGGGGCUACAUUUGCUUUUUAAAUUUGAAAUAAUCGAAAAUUUAUGUGAACUUAGGAAGUCGGGAGAAUUUAAUUUAGUAAAAUCAAGACGAUACGCAUUUUAUCUUCUGUGUUAUUUGUGAUUAAUUUGUUUUUGCUUUAGAGUUAAUAUGUGUGAGUGUGUGUGUGUGUGUGUGUCUGUCAUAGAAUCAUUAAACUGUAGUUCAACAGUAUGAAGUUAUAAGCUAAAUAAAAGUUAUAUAAAAUUUUUUUUAUAAUUAUAAGUGCCAUAAAAUCAUAAUAAGUUUCAGUUGGUAUUUUUGGUUGGUAUUGCGUGCCGUAGCAAACAAUUCAAACUGAUACACCGAUAAGGUGAUGGCGAUGCAUUUAGACUUCAUUAGUAAUCAAGUAAAUAAAAUUCAUUGUGGUUUCAAUGUAGCAAGGAGUGCUCUGAACAAACGGAUAAACCAAGAGUGUAACCAAUUCAGAACUACGUCAGCGGCCGAGCAUUCUAUAGGCAACAAAAACGGAGUUACUACACCGCCCAAUCUUAAUUUGAAUAUUAUCGUACCAAAUGGUAAAAUUGACAAAGAAGUCAUCUGAGACGGUGCAACAAUUGCCGCUUAGUCGCGACGUAGCCAAUAGAAGCAAAAAAGAUUUUCAAAAAUAAAAAGAUACAAUUUCAUAUGCCAUUGUGGAGGGCCUCAGAAAAUUCAAAAUUCAGCUACCCAGUUUAAUACAUUCGCAUAGGAUACGGAGAUUAGCUGCAAUGCGAACAAAACAUUUUAUUGUGAUACUAUGUUGUGUUAUAAUUACCACAAUUUUGUUUAUUGCUUUGGGACCAGCAAGCGAAACUAACGAUUCCUUAAAAAAUAUCGUUUCCCAGACUCAUCAACAAUUUAAUAAAUUACAGGAGAAUUUGCGAGUGUCUGAGCGAAAGAAGUUGGAAAUUGAUGCAAAGUAUUUGACCAUUUUGGGUUUUCCAUCACAAAUUAAUUAUCCCAAGAAAGGAUCGGAAUUCUAUAAAUACGAGCUGAAUGAAGGCAUUACAGAAUCUCUUAAAUUUAAAAAUAACAAAAUUGAAUCACCAAAGAAUGAUUUCAAAAAGACGGUCGAGCUAACUUAUAAGCCGCUGCAACAUGAAACAAUUGCGCAAACCAACUUGACGUCGGCGCAAUUAUUCAAUGAAAGCAAGGCUAACUUUAGUAUAGUCACCUACGUUCAAGAAGGUCAAUCUCCUUUAGCAAUACUAAUGUUACAAAAUAUUGCCAGCAAAUUGCCUAACGAGUUUCUACUAAUUUAUGAUCUGGGUUUGUCUGAGGAAGAUGCACGAGCCUUGAACGCUUAUUGCAAUAGUACACGAUGCUCUGUGAUAUCAUAUGAUUUGUCGGUAUUUCCUACUUAUGUAGCUGAUCAGCGUAUGCACGCGUAUCGACCGAUCGUAAUAAAAGACGCUUUAAUGCGUUCUAAGUAUAUAUUGUUUGCUGAGAAUUACAUGCGUAUCCGUGGUUCCGCCCAUGAUUUUCGUUACCUUCAGAACAAGGUAGUCCAGUCUGGCGUAUUAGGUUGGAAUACACCCAUAGCCGUAUCAGCGCGCACCCAUCCAAAAAUGUUUGAUUACUUUCAAACGGAUAUCGACGAUUUUUUCUUUCUGCGCAUGGUUGACAUGGAUACGGUUUUCUUCGCUGACAAUUUGUUUGUAAUCGAGAAAAUAAUGUUGCCUUGGAUUAAGUGUGCACUCACUUUAGAAUGCAUUGAUCCAAUAGGUGCACAGUCAAAUGGUUGUAAAUAUAAUAAAAAGCCGCAAUAUCGUUAUUCCGGUUGUCACAGUUAUGAUGCUUCAGCCUUUAACAUUGUCUUGGGCCUGACCUGGUUUUUAGAUGACACAAAAUACUCACUGCCAAGUGACAACUAUAACAUUUUCUAUAAAGAAACUCUGGAACAGGCGACAAAAAUUCUCGAAAAUCGACGACGCAACAGUAGUGAAAUAUCGGAGCAUCCAAUUACGGAAGACUAAUCCAAGCUUAAUUAGUUUUUCUUAAAACCAUAUAAUAACCGAAAAGUAAGUUCUUAAGACAAAAAUUAAAAAAAAACAGAUCUUUCGCGCUUCUAGAUAUAUCGUUAUCAUUUACGCAUGACUAGGCACAUACUUAGAUUUUCUUAACAACAACAUUGAAAGAUGUUAUUGCUGAAAUAACUCAGUCUUUGUCACAUUUAUAGCUUAUUUAAGUUACUCUAAGCCAAAAAAAAAAAUUGUGAUUUUCUAAAAUUAUAAUUGUUUGUAUGUUUCCAAAGCAAUGAACAUUCUAAAAUAUA